GCUGUCCUUAAAAAGGAAAAAAAAAAAUAACAAUACUGUAUUAAUAAAAAAAAAAAGGGAUUGUCUUUUUGAUGUCUACUUGCUCUGUAACCACUAAUCUUAUCAUGUUCUGAAAAUAUCCUUGCAUUUAGCUGAAGUUGAAGACUGUGAACUUUGAGAGACUGGAAUAUGAUUGAUGUACAUGCUUGCCUUGUGCGAGGUUCUGUAUUCUUAGCUGGAGAGGCUAUUGAAUGUGUCAUCACAUUUUCAAACAAAGGACAUUCAAGGAGUGAGACGCUUGCUUGGGCAAGUGCUCAGCUUCACUGCCAGUGUAGUGUAAGUGACUCAAAGGUGAAGCUUCCCAUACAAAAGAGCAUUCAGCAAGAUGCCACCGGUAUACCGCUGGGCAGCGCUACCAGCUUCACACCAAACAGGGGUGAGAGCAACGCUCUAUGUUUGCAUCAUCAUGGGGAGAAGGGUAUCUGUGUUGUAUCCACCACCCCCAAGAUUCUUGUCUGUGACCUUGUGCUAUCUCCAGGCGAGAGCAAAACCUAUACAUAUUUUGAGACAAUUCCUCAGGAUGCACCACCUUCAUACAAAGGCCAGUCGGUCAAGUAUUCAUAUAAGGUUACCAUAGGAACACAGCGGGUCAACUCUCCAACAAGACUCCUCCGUGUUCCGUUCAGGGUGCUUGUUUUGUAUGGUCUGGGGGAAACGUUCUUUAUGGAUCCUGAUGAUGACUUUGAUACUGAUAACCCAUUCUUACAAGGGGAACGCAAGCCCAACUCGCUCCUGGAUCAAGCUGUCCAAGUCUUAACUACCAUCACCUCGCGAAAGAGCUCAAAUACGUACAACAUAACCAACGCACAUGGUACAGUGGCUCGCUUUUGCAUUUUUAAGUCAGCAUACAAACUGGGUGAGGACAUUAUAGCCACCUUUGACUUCAGUAAUUGUCCUGUAUCUUGUAUUCAGUACUCUGUUACACUACAGAGUGAGGAGCAGAUAACAGAGGAGUGCCGGCGGCGCUCCAAUCAAGGCGUUUCUAUCUGCUCGUACAGUAAGCACCAGGAGUUCUGCGUACACAUCAGUAAAUCCCACAUGAUUCUUCCUAUACCUCUACACCUUACACCAAGCUUCAUCACUGACAUAGUAUGCUUGAAAUGGCGGCUACGGUUUGAAUUUGUAACGUCCAAAGAACCCCUGCCAGAACAAGUGAUUCCUGCUGACCAAUCAGAGAGUGCCACGUGGCAAGGCCCACAAAGUCUAGGUGUUGAGACUAUGGUUUGGAAUCUACCAAUCAAAAUAAUGCCGACAAACCCACUGCACGCCACAAGUGUGUCACUACUACGCGCUGUGACAACCAUGUCUGUUUGAACUUCGCAAAUAGCGGCUGUCCCAUCUUGCACAACACACUAGGACGUAGAACCUAAUGACGUUACUAAGAAGCCAUUUGCGCAUGAGUUCUCAUAGCAUGAAUACUAAGAUGCAAUUUGACAAAAUCUAUGUUGUGCGGAGAACAUAGGAUGGUCUCGCAUGAGUGUUUGUAUUCUAGCGUCACAGCAUCGCGCAACUAGAAAAGCUCCCUAAUGCCAGUACAAACCUUCAAUUUUUGGUCUACCAAGUAGGCUGGAUUUAUUUAAUAAUUUUUGUAUGAAAAAAAGCAAGUACCGUAUUUAUUAGCCUCCAUGAGUAUUGUAGUACAGGCUUUUACUGUAGUACUCUAUGCUUAAAAGGUAUACUCAAAACAUAUAUUUUUUUUUAAUUCUUAAAAUAUGAUUGAGCAACUACAUACAUUCUAUAGAAUAGAUAAAAUAAAUAGAAUGAACUGUAACAGUAUGAAUGGUGGACCACAAAAAUUAUCACAUAACAUUUAAAAUAUAUGAAUUGAAAAUUUGUGAUGCAUCAACAAGUGUUAAACAGGACCUGUAGAAAGCACUUUAGGAUGAGCAUCUCUUUCGUAGGUAAUAUGAACACACUCUGCCAUAUUAUUGCCAGCCACACUUUUAUUUUACUUCAAACUAUCUUCCAACGGGAACACUUUGUUCCAACUUAUAGGCGAAAAUUGCAAAAAUAGACAUCUAACACAGGGGUGUGAUGUUGAUGGGAAGGGUGAGGAACUUGUAAAGAUGUUUGAAGCAUUUUAGUUCUAUUAUAUUUUCAAAAUUAUGGAGUUUUUAUAUAAUUAUCAUAGUCACAUUUAUUAUGGAACCAGUAUUUCAAAGGUUACUUAAUUGCCAUAAUUCCACCAAUUAUUUGCUACAGAUAACUUGUAUAUUACUGUUUAACUGAUUUUGCUUGCCACAGUUAAUUAGAACUUGCUGAAAAUUUUAACAAAACUAUGCCAACAUAUAAAAUUAUAUUGCAGAUAUUAAAUAGAGUAUAUUUGUA